AUGGGAAAGAUUUCUGCAGUGUUUUUAGCUUUAUUGGUGGUGUGUUUUGCACUGGUGGCCACUGUUGGUGGUUUCUAUAACCAAGAUGAAGGGGGAGCAGGGAUCGGUGGAGGAGGAAAAGGAGGAGAGAGGGAGGAGGGCGGUGGCGAAGGAGGAGAGCCUGGGGUGGGGGGAAACAGCAGGUUCUUGUUGCGGGAGUCACUGGAUGUGGUGAGAACUGAUGCUGGGCAUAUGAGGGUGAUAAGGAAUGGCGGUCAUAGACUCUGGAGAAGUCCAAUGCAUAUGGGCUUGAUUACUAUGGAACCAAACAGUCUUUUCAUCCCUCAGUAUCUUGAUUCCAAUCUCAUCCUCUUCGUCCGUAGAGGGGAAGCAAGAAUUGGACACGUCUACGAGGAUGAUUUUGCAGAAAGGCAUUUGAAGACUGGGGAUCUGUAUAGAAUUGCAUCUGGUUCUGCAUUCUACUUGGUUAACGCCGCAGAAGGCCAGAAGCUUUACAUAAUCUGCAGCAUUGAAACGUCCGAGAACUAUGGAUGGCAUUGGCAUCAGCAUGGCUUCCGGUCUUUCUUCGUCGGUGGAGGAACAAAUCCCACAUCUAUACUCUCUGGAUUCGAUCCUUUAACAAUGUCGACUGCGUUUAAUGUCUCAGUGGAUGAAUUGAGAGAUUUCAUGACAAGGCAACAUUUAGGCCCAAUCGUGUAUUUAUCUGAUUCUCGUGCACCAAGCAUGUGGUCAAAAUUCUUGGACCUAAAAGAGCAUCAGAGGCUAGCUCACUUGAAGAGAGUCGUGCAUGCUGAAGAAGAGGCAAACCAAGACGAAGAGCAGCCAACUUGGUCAUUCAGGAAGCUAUUGAUAUCAAUCUUCGGGGAGGAAAAGAAUAGAGAUGAUGACACGAGAGGCACAGGGAGAGGCCCAGAGGCUUGCAACAUUUACGAAAGAAAAGCCGACUUCAAGAACGAUUAUGGAUGGAGCAAAGCCGUGGACGAAAAUGAUUACUCUCCUCUUCGCCACUCUGAUAUUGGUGUCUACCUCGUCAAUCUUACCGCGGGAUCAAUGAUGGCACCCCACGUUAAUCCAAGAGCAGUCGAGUAUGGAAUAGUUUUGAGAGGAACCGGUAGAAUCCAGAUUGUCUUUCCGAAUGGAAGUUUGGCAAUGGAUGCACAAGUGAAAGAGGGAGAUGCAUUUUGGAUUCCUAGGUACUUCCCAUUCUGCCAAAUUGCAUCAAGAGCUGGCCCGUUUGAGUUCUUCGGCUUCACCACAUCUUCGCGAGACAACCGGCCCCAGUUCUUGGUAGGAGCAAAUUCACUUCUAGAUAACAUGAGGGGACCUGAACUUGCAGCUGCAUUUGGUGUGGAUGAGGAAAGGCUCGGAGAAAUCCUCGACGCUCAGCGCGAAUCCACAAUCUUACCUUCUUCACCUGUUGCACCAUCGGGCGAGGGCGAGCCGACGAAGCCUAGUAGUAGGGAAGAGAGAGCUGUACCAAAAAUGAUCAGGAGCUUUGGCAGUGACAUGAUCAUGGGUUUUGAUUAGAAUUUAGAAGGGUUGUUUUUUGUCACAUUGAUGCUGGAAUGAUGCACACCAUUUCACAGCACACCACUCCUGUGUUCGGCUUUUGCCUUCUGUUUUGGUUCGAAUUCUGUCUUCAGUUGUUUCUGAAGACUAGGACGUGAAUAAAUCUGUGACCAC